GCAAGGAGGGGAAGGGGCCAACACCCCACCGCACUCGACCACAGCUGCACUCCGCUUGUGUGUCGCUCCAGUUCGCCGCUCUUAAAGCCCGGGCUUCUGCAAAGGGACUGUAUAUGUUAAAAAAAAAAAAAACCCCAACAACUGUCGGUGCUUUCACAGUGGGUUUGGGGUGGAAAUAAAGAAGGAACUUCCGACGAGUCCAAAGUGUGCUGGGCGCUGUUGGAAUGAGGACAGGUCCGGCAGCUUUGGGCAGUGAGUGAUCUGUGAGCGCCGGGACGGGAUGAUGCUGGGGGUGAGGGUCGCGCUGCCGCUUAUCCCUCGGGCGUGGGUGGUUGAGAGAAAGCGAAUGCAAUGAUGUAAGGCGCUCAGUCUGACUUCCCACUUGGUGCUUCCGAACGUUUGACGAGAUAGGACCGCCGACAGCUCGGCGCUGCAGCCCGACUACAGGACAGGCACCGACUGCUUGGAGAGCCGCGGAGGCGGGCAAGGAUCCCGGCUGGGCGAUCGGCCGUCGCCCAUCGGAUUACCGCCGCUCAAGAGUCACACGGUAAAGGAGGCAAUCCGCCCAAUUCACUCGGGUCUAUUAUAGAUUGGAGGCAGUAAACACAUUAUGAAUGAUCACCUGCAUGUUAGAAGCCAUGGACAGAUCCAGGUUCAACAACUUUUUGAAGACAGUUGCAACAAAAGGACUAUUUUGACCACUCAACCGAAUGGACUUACUGCAGUUGGUAAAACGUCUUUACCGGUGGUUCAGGCCAAGCAGCUGGAGGGUUCACAAAAGCGACAGGGAAGUUCUGCUUCAGUGAAGUCAACAGACUGUACUUCAAAAGUGAAAUCCACUGUCAUGACGCCAGAGCAAGCCAUGAAACAGUACAUGCACAAACUGUCAGCAUUUGAACACCAUGAGAUAUUCAACUACCCUGAAAUCUACUUUGUUGGCCCAAAUGCAAAAAAACGGCAAGGUGUGGUUGGUGGCUCAAACAAUAGCGGCUAUGACGAUGACCAGGGCUCUUAUACCCAUAUACCUCAUGAUCACAUCAUUUAUAGAUAUGAAGUUUUGAAAGUGAUCGGAAAAGGGAGCUUUGGUCAGGUCGUGAAAGCUUAUGACCACAAACAGCACCAGCACAUAGCACUGAAAAUGGUGAGGAAUGAGAAACGGUUUCACCGACAAGCUGCUGAGGAGAUACGGAUCCUCGAGCAUCUGAAGAAACAAGACAAAGAUCAGACCAUGAAUGUCAUCCACAUGCUGGAAAACUUCACAUUCCGCAAUCACAUUUGCAUGACGUUUGAAUUGCUGAGCAUGAAUCUCUACGAACUGAUCAAAAAGAACAAGUUUCAAGGGUUUAGCCUUCCGUUGGUUCGCAAGUUUGCCCACUCGAUUUUGCUCUGCUUGGAUGCAUUACACAAAAAUAGAAUUAUUCAUUGUGACCUUAAACCGGAGAAUAUUCUGUUGAAACAGCAGGGGCGAAGUGGGAUUAAAGUCAUAGAUUUUGGUUCUAGUUGUUAUGAACACCAACGUGUGUACACCUACAUCCAGUCAAGAUUUUACCGUGCACCUGAAGUGAUCCUUGGAGCGCGCUAUGGGAUGCCUAUAGACAUGUGGAGUUUGGGUUGCAUUCUGGCUGAACUAUUAACAGGUUACCCGCUGUUGCCUGGAGAAGAUGAAGGGGACCAGCUGGCUUGCAUGAUUGAGUUGCUGGGUAGUGCACCUCAAAAGUUUUUAGAUCAGUCAAAACGAGCCAAAAAUUUUGUCAGUUCUAAAGGUUAUCCCCGUUAUUGCACUGUUACUACUUUGCCAGAUGGGUCAGUUGUUCUCAAUGGAGGACGGUCACGAAGAGGAAAGGUUCGUGGCCCUCCGGGGAGCAAGGAUUGGGUCAUGGCCUUGAAAGGAUGCGACGAUCCUCUCUUUCUUGACUUUCUGAAACAGUGCUUGGAAUGGGACCCGACUUUGCGGAUGACACCCAGCCAAGCUCUGCGACACCCCUGGCUGCGGAGACGCUUGCCAAAGCCGCCAACGGUUGAGAGAGCUUCUUCCAAGCGAGGGACAGAAAGCAGUGGUGCUAUCACAUCAAUUUCUAAAUUGCCUCCAACGUCAGGCUCAACGUCAAAACUAAAAACUAAUUUGACACAAAUAACUGAUGCCAAUGGAAAUACUCAACAACGAACAGUUUUGCCCAAGUUGGUUAGCUGAGUUUGAAUAAGUUUAUACCAGGGAUGCGGAGAGAAUCUAUCAGCAUAUCUCUGAGCCUUAUUCAGUUGAACUUUUAUAUUAUUUUUAGAACAUUUGUAAUUAUGAAAUAUUGGAAUUUUAAGCACCAUUUGUUAAGAACUAGGAAACUAUUUAACUAAUUGCUGGGGACCAUGCAUUAUUGGAAGGUGGUUUUUCAGGUGAAGUUAAAUACCUUUUUAUUCUGGCAUUGGAAUGUGCAGAUCAGAUCAUGUAACACUUAAAGUUGUCAAAAAAGAUGUCGCUAAUCUUAAUUUGACAAAUUAAUGACAGAUUAAUCGGCCAGUAUUGAAUAUUGUUUCAAAAAAACAACUCUUUUUUAGGACAGUGGCUCUUGCUAAUCAAAGACAAUCUGCAUUUACUUAUUUCUAAAGGAACUCUCUUUGCAGAUCUCUGAUGAAGCCCAAUUUAAACAUGGUUUUUGGUAUCUCAUUAUUCCUAUUGUAAAUGUCUGUCUUUGUGAUACCAUUGCAUCUGUUCAGUUUUCAAAUAAGGCUAAUAAAUUGGACUAUGGAUGUUCAUAAAUGUUUUGAAUCUAGAAAUGAGAAGAGGAUUGGCAAAUUCUUGACGUUUAAACUAAUUUAAAAAUUGAAAUAUGUGAAAUCAUUUUGAAAGCUAUCAGUUUUUGUUUCUCCUCUAUCUAUCCUUCUAAUGCAAAUGGCUUCAUUUAGGAUCCAGCUCUUGAAAAUGGAAGGAACAGAAGUAGAUUAUCUGACAUAGGAAUUUGUUCAAGUGGACUUGUUGGUGAGUAAUUGGAAUGUCUUGCGGUGAAUGCAUUUGACCUUGGGAUGUAGAAAAACUAUGCAGGAAAAUCUAACGAUCUCUGACGUGUUUUUCUUUUAUCGUGACAACAUUUACUGUUGGCUGUGUCAUUGAGCAAGAUAGGAUGGCAUUUUGAAAACUCACCAAUAGCAAACUAGGAAACCUCCGUAACCUCUUAAAGUGAAUGGAAAAAAAAACUUGGUAUGCUUGUGGGCCUACCUGAAAUGUCUCAAACUAUUUUAAAAACAUGGCAGUCUGAAAAAAAUAAGGAAUAAAAGUUUGGGGGAAAAAAAGCAUUUGUAUUUUGAACAAGUUGGUUAUUGCCAGUAAUUUUUGAUUUAUUCACCAUUAAAAUCUUAAUUAUACACUUGCUGCAUUUUUUCAGUUCAGAAAUAUCUGGAGUUCUCAUCAGUUCUCUAAUUUCGGCUGAUAUAUGCGAGGGAGUCGGAACACAAAUUCUGAGUUACUGCUCAGAAGAAACGGUGCAGAUUUUCUCUGUUAAAACUGAGUACUGACAGCCUAAUCAUUAUUAUUUACCACAAAUUCUAGGCUGUUGAUUUAAAUUUCUUUUAAAUUAAAAGGUUGAAUAUUUUUAACUUGUAUGAAUGAACUGGGAUUGUUCAGAAGAUGUGAAGUAUUAUUAUAUAAGCUAAACUUGAACUUCUUUACCUGGAAGAUCUAAUAUUCAAGGCAUGGUCCCCAGUUAGACUGGUAUAAAGCAGACUACAAUUUAUGCCAAGUAUCUUCAAAGCAAAAAUAUGCAUUCAGAUUUAGACCUUGCAUCUUCACAUGUAAUUGAUAUUCAAAUGUUUUUGACAGCCAUACCAUCUCCGGGAAGACUUUGUAUGUUUUCAAAAGAGAUAAAUGGAAAUUAAUGAUACUAAUUGAAACUUUGCAGCACUUGGGUUUAAGCCAAUGAACCUUUACUAUUACAGAAACUGAAUCUGAUUAAUGUAUUUACAUGUAUAUUGCAUAUUCAUCCUGAUGCAAUAUUUCAAAUAACAUGCUAUCUUUUUGUAGUAUUUUUAUGCUUUGUAAUAUUUUUAAUUAAGUUGUAACUUUACAGUAUCACUGAAAUACCACUACAAAAAUUGUUAUUGUACUUUGGGUUUAUACAAUUUACAGAAAGAUAUUUUUAUAUUUAAAUUGGCCUGAAAUUUAUUUUAAGCCAUUCUAUAUGUGCUCAAUUGUUGAAAAAUAUCUCCAUGCUUUGCUUCUGUUUCACAUUUUCUAAUUAACCAUCAAUUGUAAUAGUCCAUUUGUUUAUUUAACAGAAUUGUAUGUUUUGGCUUCACUUAGUGUAGUUGAAUUAGUACUCGAUAGUUACGGCUCAGAAGGUUAUUAAUGUUAGCUACCAGUUAAAUCUUGUAGGUGAUUUCUUUGAAGAUGCCUAUGGUACAUGUUCUAACUUGAUAACAAUUUGGUGUCUUGAGGUCUCAGGUUAUAAUAUGAACAGCAGCUCCUCUGUACGCUGUUGUUCAGAACCAUUACAGUUGUUUCACCACAGCAGAAACAGUACAAUCUAACAUUAUAUGGGCAUGUGUAACAACUUUUCUCACAUUAGGCAACUUGUGCCCUUAGUAUUAACAGUGUGCCUUUUGUUAUCGUUGCCAUGUUGUAGGGUUUACAGGUAGUUAAUUCAUUGAUCGUGGAUACACUAGUGAUGUAGCAGUUUAUAUGGUUAUAUUGGUGCAAAUUCUUUUGAAUGGUUUGAAAAGGAAAUAAAAAACCACUGAAGAUAAAAUUCAUUCAACUCUAAAAUAUGGAAGGUUUGCAAAAAAAAAUAAAAGAAAUCCCAAGAUUGAGAUUCGCUUUAUAAUCUGUGUAAACAAAAAAAGCUGCCACAAAAUUUUAUAGUGA